AUGUUUCCUCCGCAAGGAAAUGCCUGAAAGGGGUAGCAAACGAAGAGUUAUUUAUCUCUCCUCGUCGUCGGAGGAGGACGAAGAGGAAUCAGACGAUGAGGAAGGGGAAUGGGAAGAGGAGUUUGAUAAUGAAUGCAGCGACAACGAUUGUGAUGAACUUCUCUCCCAGCGAGUCAUCCGCUUUCUUAAAGAGAAUAAAAAUUUAGAUUCGUUAACACUUCAUGAUUGCAAAGCUUAUUUACGGGAGAAUAGGCUAAGAAUAGCGGGGACUAAAGCCGUCUGUAUUCAAAGAGUCCUGGAACAUUGGAGGAUGAAGGAUGGAAAUGGUGAAGCGCACUAUCCAAGGUCAUCCUUUGUUGUCAAUUGUACUGGUGAUGUUUGUAGGGGAGAUACUGUUUUGUUCACUCAGAAAGUUUAUGCAAAGUUUGAUAAAGUAACUAGGCGUGGAGGGCUUAUAGGGAAGAGAACUGUGGCAGGGAGGGUAGUGAAGGAAAGCUAUGGUGCAAGUAAACAGCAGCAUACUUUUACUGUUGAAGUUCUAUGGAGCAGGGGAGUUCGGAAGUUACCCCCACUUUAUCCUCUACUUGUUAAGGGUCGAAAUCUCUAUAAACUAAGAACAUUCAGACGGCUUUGGAAUGAUGAAGCUGAAAGAGUUCAGGUUCUAGCAGAGAAGCACAAAAGAGGUGCGGCUGCUCGGGGUGUACGAGCAUUGCAGAAAAGGAAAAGAAAACUUGUACAAAUGGGAGGAAGUGGAAAGAAUCAAGGACAUGUUCAACUUCCAAGACAAGCCUCGAACAGUAACGGGAGUCGCAAGAGUAUGCGUUCAAGGGACAAGAACAAUGCUGUUCGUAGGCACCCAGCGUAGGAAGACAGAAUGGACAUCGAAAAAUAUAGUGGUCUGCUCUUGAGCUCACAAAUGGCCUUUGAACUUGCGUUACAAAUUGCUCUUUUAAGUUUGAAAAGGAAUCAGUGAAUAACUAUUCAAAUAAUGUAACCAAAAUUGACUUCAAAGUAGCAGGAAAAGUCAAAACAGGCAUUUAGGUUCAUUUGUAAAUGUAAUUAGCCUUUACUUUCACGAUAUCUUGUGAUAAAAUAAGGUUUUAAAUGAAUUUAACUAGAUAUCUCAUA